UUACGACCCGACGUUUCUUUGCGAACAAAAGCGAAAAGCAUAACACUGAACUUUAUGGAAAAAAGUGAGGGUAUUUUUCAUAAUUCAUGAUGCGAUAGUUCUUUUGUGUAGAUUCGGAUGAAAUUAAUAAAUAAAAAACAUAAGUGAGAGUGUCUUCUAAAGAACAGUGAUGUAGUAUUCCGUUAAUUAACAAAAUUGUAUAAUUUUUGUUUGUAUCUGAAGUUAAGGAAGUAUCUUUUCCAUUAUAUGGGAAACACUAGCAGUGAUCAAACAAUCGGCCAGCUUGAGGAGGAAACUGUUCCUGCGAAAUCAUCGUUACCGUCAUCAUUAGCUAUAAAAGAAGUGUCUAAAAACUUGGAGAAUUCUGGACAGGUGAAUCGUUCACUGAGUUGGAAUGGUGUGAUUGAUCGAUUUAAUCAAAAUAUUCAGAGAAUAACUCGCUCCAUUUCCUGUACAUCAAUUUACAAUAUCGGAGUAAAUACACACCAAUCCAGCAAUCAUUCUCGAGGUCGUCCUUGGAGUCGUAUAUCACGUAAAAGGUGGCAUGAGUCUACGUUAGCAGACGAACAUCUUCUGUCAAAAACUUGUUGGCCAGUUUCAAAUGCCGAAGCAUUGUUUUUGCCUCAUUUUCCGGUAGACUGUCACGCCCAGAGCAACUACAAAAUUCUAGAGUACAUUGCAAGCGGCGCCUUCGGAAAAGUUUACAAAGUGCAAAAGACUAAUGGUGAAAAUAAAUCAUUCUAUGCACUGAAAGUAUUGAGUAAAGCUGAGAUCGUCAACGAUAAUGCUAUUCGUCAAGUGAAAAACGAGGUUGACAUACAUACUGUUUGCGGUCAUCAUCCGUUCCUUGCCCAAUGUUUGCAUUACUGGCAAAAUAAAAAGAAAGUUUUUCUGCUUUCCUGUUUCUAUCCAAACGGAGAGCUUUUUCAAAAAAUUGGUUACUUUCCUUUUGAACUCGUACGUUUGUACGUAGCAGAAAUAGCUUUAGCGCUUGAUUUUCUUCAUCAAGCCGGAAUUAUCUACCGAGAUUUAAAACCAGAGAACAUACUUUUGGAUGAAGAUUAUCACAUUCGUUUGAUUGAUUUUGGUCUAAGUAAGUGGUUGCGGAUUGGUUCUCGUACAUACACACUCUGCGGCACUUUGCAGUACAUGGCUCCAGAAAUUCUUUCCAAAGAACCAUACGGACAUGCAGUUGACUGGUGGGCACUGGGUGUUUUAGCGUGCCGAAUGUAUAUUAGAGAGUAUCCUAAUUUGAAUUUAUCAAGUUAUUUGAACAAAUCUCACGAUGUCGAUGAACUUAUUCGGACCGGAAAAAAAGUUGAACAUUCGUCUCCUAAGAAUCUGAUUCCCGAAGCUGUUGCCACUCUUCCGGUUGAAGUACAGGAUUUGCUUAAACGCUUGCUUGAAGUGAAGCCACAAUAUCGACUUCGUUCCGUGCUGCAACUACAGAGAAUCGCUCUUUAUAAGGAUUUCAAUUGGGAGAUGGUUCGAAAAAAGCAGGUUUCGCCAAAGCAGAUGAUUGCUGCUACAUCGGCCGCGAUCGGUGGGUUCGACGAUGAACAUCAGUACCAAUAAACCAUUCCUAUUUGGUUGGUAAUUUUGGUUACCUCAUACGCGGGGUGGCAGUGGUUAGUUUUA